GGCAAAAUACCAGGUACCCGCUCGUAGACCCACAUCCCGCAAGGAACAACGCCCCUACUUGAAUAGAACGCGAAAAAGGCCCUCCCAUGAUCCACGUCGAUCACGCAAACGCAAAAUCGAUUCUGGCCUCGGAACUUUCUAUCCCACGACGCCAUCUUGCCUGGCGCUCCCAACUCAACAAACAACCCCCCUGCAAAUGAGCUCCCAAUCUCCCAUUCAAACCCGACGAUCCAAUACCGGGCGCCCACGAAACUCGCCCAGUAUGGCCAACGAUGGCACCCCCGACCAGGCACUACGAAACCUCAAAAUCAACGAACCAGCCCUUCCUGCCCAGAACCAAGCGAUCCCGCCAACGACACGCGUAGGCGAAGUCUCGGACGAUGCGUCCAUCGGAUCCUCGCGCCGACACCGUCGUGGUGGUCGUAAGAAGAACAGUCGCAUGGCGCCGGCGCAAGAGGCGCGUUUGCCGUGGUCAGAGAGACUAGAUGAGGGGAUGAGCGGGCUCGAAGAUUUACCUGCAGGACAAGUAAAUGGGCAGAAAGAAAAGAAGGAGAUGUCAAAACCGGGCGAGAUGUCGGAUAACGCGUCUGUCGCGUCGUCGUCGCGACCGCGCAGUUAUAAGAGAGAACGGCGGAAGAAGAAGAAGGGAGGUAUGGCGGCCGUGGCCAAGGCGCAAGUUCCGUGGUCUGAGAGGGUGGGAAGAUUGGGAGAGGAGAUGGCUGGUCCUCCGGAAGGAAAAGCAGCGUCGCCGCAACGAGAGGCACCACACCGUCAAAGCCCACCGCCUGAGAAGAGCGAUAAAGGCAAGGCAGUAGCGGAGGACCAUAAUUCGACGCAAGAAAAUAAGGGAAAGGCGCCUGAUACAGGUCUUCGUGCGUUUAAUAUCAGAAGGCUACGGGGUGAGGGGCCGCCGAUUGGGAUAUCGAUUGAUCGGGGAGAAGAGGCGGAGGGGGCCAAGAAAAAGAAUGCGGACGAGAAAGGGGGCGGAGAAGGGGAGAAGACAGAAAAGCCGAAGCCGAUAUCUAUACGGUUAGACAUCAAUCUUGAGAUUGAAGUCUUCUUUAAAGCCGCUAUAAAGGGGGACGUGACGAUUACCUUCUUGGAAUGAGAAUAAUAUCUGGAGUUUCAACGGCGCACUGUAGUUUACGCACAUCUGUAAUCGUAUUGGCAUUUUCUGGGCAUUAGGAUGAGCUCAUGGGCACCGAGUUAUGUCUUAUUUAAAUAUCCCAAGUAACGGCGAUAUAUAUUGUUUCCUACUGUGGAGGAUUAAGAAUAAAUAAUACCCUAAUUUCACAAAGUAAUAUUUCACCUCUUCCGCAAAAAAAGUAAUGGGAUUUCUCACUACAAAAUAUUAAUUCAAUUUACCAUGUAAAUUUAUUUUAUUUUCGCU